AUGGCGCCGAAGGGUAGCCCGGCCAAGAAGCCGUACAUUCACGAGAUUGACCGCACUGCCGAAUAUGACGACUUCAUCAAGAAGCUCGCUGCCUUCCACGAGAAGCGCGGCACAUCAUUCGAGCCCGAGCCUCGACUUCAGACUCAAUAUGGGCAUAUCACUGUGGACCUGCUGAAGCUGUACAAAGCUGUUGUCGCAAAGGGAGGCUACGACGAGCUGGGCAAGGUGCAAAAGGCUUGGGCAGCUCUGGCAACGGAGCUGGGCAUGCAUUACGAGGACAGCAAGAAUAUGGGACAGCUGUCUUUUCAGCUCAAGCAAGACUUCUACAAGUACCUUGUUGCAUUCUGGGUGAGAGACCAGUACAGCAAGGAGCCACCGCCACCCGAGAUUCUCGAGCAGCAAUCCUGCGCCAGCAAGUAUGGUCCCGUAUUGACGAGAACCUUGGAAAGCUUCAAGCUGGUCACCAAGCGCUCUGGCGAUGAGACUCCAGCGAAGGAGGAUCGUAUCAGUGAGAACACACCAGUCUCUGGAAACAGAGCAUCAGGCCGGCUUCGAGAAGCUCCUCCCCAGCGCGUACCGUUCCAGCCCGAGACUGGUCCCAGCCGCUCUACGCGUCACAGCUCUUCUCACCACGGCACUCCGUCAGCCAACACGCCACACAACUCUCAGAUGUCCCAUGGCCAGCACCCCCAACACUAUGUACCCCAGCGCCACGACGGUAACAACAUGAACAUAAUGCAGGCCCAUCAAGCAGCCAUGCACGGCGCGUCUCAUUCGUUCACUCCGCCCAAUUCCGAGAACGCGUCGAAAUUGUCCGAAACCGUGAAGUCUCCGACACAGAUCUCGGUCCCGCUGCGCCCCGUCCAUCCUCCUGCGACGCUCACUACCGGCCAGGUUCAAGCGGCCAGGAAUGAAGCCCGUCGCCAAUUUGAGAGCAGAUUCAAGCCACCCGGAGCCAAUUUCGACGGACCUAACAUUUACGCUCGUUGUCUCCAGUCGCUACGUUCGGGUAUCCCAGCUGAAGAGAAGUUUGCCUUGUACCAUCUCGUGAAGAUUAGCUUUGAACGUUGGGACAAGUUCAAGUUUGAAGCCUUUCAUGGCUUGGCCGAAGGCCUGAUCGAGAUGGCCCUUCAGGUUGGCAGUUUGUUCUACAAUGUUGAUUGGCAGAUUGGCUAUUCUGGCAAUGAAAGCGAUCCGGAUGUUCUGGACGGCACUAACGGGACGGACGACAUCUUGAAGAGAAUCGAGAAACUCACCCCCAAAGUUGUGUUGGACAACAUGCAGCCAGCUCACUUCACAGAUCGUAUGACCCUAAUAACUGAGGCUCUUCUUACCAUUCGCAAUAUGGUCACUUUGCCCGACAAUGCGAAGUACGCCGUCGACAUCAUGCCCCUCAAGGACUUGCUGUGCAUUGUGCUGCACCUACCUAGCCUCGAGAUGCUGGUGGAGUUGAAGCAUUCUGCUCUCGACAUAGCCGAACACUUGACGCCUUACAUGAAUAUCGACUCUCAGGACCCUCUUUACCAGACGCUCCUAUCUCAACUGAGCUCCACCGACCGAGGUACGGUGUUGACAGCGCUGCGUGCCAUAAGUCGUAUAUCCAUGAACUUUGACGUGGCGAACAAGCUCCAAAAUGUCCCUCCCGAGAUCCUGCAGAAUGUCAUGAACUGGCUCUUGUUGAACGACGAGGAAUUGAUGGACGCAUGUCUCGACUUUCUUUACAUGUACACUGCAGUGGUACCAAACGUCGAGUCCUUGCUUAAAGCAGUCAAUGUGGAGCGCCUCGUUCCACACCUUGUGCGACUUCUCGGUUAUGGGGCGAAACGAAUCAAAGAGGACGUUGUUCUGGUACCUCCUCGCAAAAUCCCAGCUGGCGAGGAUGUCGCUGCUCUUCCACAAGAUCUACUUGAGAGAUUAGCGAAUACAGAGGAGCCGCAACGCUGCUUCCAGUGGUUACAGAGCCUAUUCGAAGAAGACUCCGACUCCCAUAUCACGCAAAUUGCCAUUUGGCAUGCAUACCAAAGCUCGUUCGGCUCGUUGUCUGCUCGCAACACUCUGACCGCUGCUGACUUCAUCAGAAACGUCAGUCAUGUUUUUGCGAAUGCUAGGGCCCAGAUCAUCAGAGGCGCCGGCGAAGCACCGCGAUUCAUUAUUGAGGGUAUCCGUGCCCGGCUACUCCCGCUCAACUUUGAGACCAAGGAAGAAUAUUUGCAAUGCCAUUGGGUAACUGCAAGGGCUCCAUUCGCACAAAAGUGUGGCAAGUUCUUCCUAGGCGGCGAGAAUAUGUGGAAACACAUUCUGACAGCCCAUCUUGGCCAAAUGGUGCGAGAGGAUGGUUCUGCCGAGAAUAAAGAGCUUGACAUCUCAUGCCAAUGGAGCGGUUGCAGCAAGUAUACAAUACCUUCGAAGAUGAGCUUGCUUGAGCUUACUGGGCAUGUCAAAACGCAUUUCCCUUCCGGACAAAAACGCGGCUUGUCCGACGUCACCGACCCCGUGGCCAAGCGCCACCGACCGGCCCAUAUCGUACCUGUGAAAACUAUGACACUGGCUUGGGAAUGCACGCCGACGACUAAGGACGAUCGGAAUCCUCAGAUUGAGCAAGCAGCUGGAAUUCCGCUGAGCGCUGUUCUGGUACUUCGCAAUAUUGCACGAAAUGUCGUCAAGACGGAAUCGCAGGAGGAGCUCCUAAACAAGGAAGAGACGGGCGGUGAGAGCGGUGGAUGGAAUGAGAAAUUGUUCCGACCCGUCAUGGCACGCCUAUUCGAGGUCAUGACAGAGAACAAAGCAAUGGCUCCCUACAUUGCAUCUCUAUUGCAGUUAGUCCAGAGGGACUACGAGGUAAAUCCCGACGCCUAA